AUGAAUAUCGAUACAAGAGAUAUGGAAGAACAGCCCAACAAUCAAAGUAAUAAAGACCAAGAAGUUACAAUUGAUGGUGCAACAAAAAUAAAGCAGAUUCAUUCCAACAUUCCUGAUGAAGAGAUACCAAAGGUUAGUAUGGAAUUUGAAACUGAAGAACAAGCUUACAAUUUUUAUAAUGUUUAUGCUUAUAAAGUUGGAUUUAGCAUACGAAGAAGUAAAGGGCAUAAGGAUAAUAAAGAUGGAAAAGUAAAAGAUAGAACUUUUUGUUGCUCAUGUGAAGGCUUUCGCAAAAAAGAUAAACGAUAUGAUAAUGUGAAAUGUCAUCGUGCUGAAACAAGGUUUGGUUGUUUGGCGAGGAUGAAGAUAAAACUUCAUCAAUUUGGAAAUUAUCAAGUUGUUGAAUUCUAUGCGGACCAUACACAUAUGACUUCAAGCCCUAGUAAGAGCCACUUACAUAGGUCACAAAGAAGAAUAACUCUUGCUCAAGCAUCUGAAAUUGAUUUGGCUGAGAAUUCAGGAAUUGCUCCUAAAGCUACAGCAAUGUCACGGAAAAAACCAAAAACUAUUCUUACUGAUCAAGAUGCAGCAAUGGCAAAGGCAUUAAGAUCCCAAUGGCCAGAGACUUAUCAUCGCUUAUGCAUUUGGCAUAUGUAUCAAAAUGCAGCAAAACACCUGAGUAGUGUUUUUGAAAGAUUUCAUGAAUUUGCUACGGGUUUUGAAAAUUAUAUAUAUGAAUAUGAUGAAGAAUGUGAAUUCAUUGAGGCUUGGGGGAACAUGCUUGGCUAUCAACACACUUUGUUGCGUUUUUUCAAACAUUUUGAGAGGUUAAUUGAUGAUCGUCGUUAUGAAGAGUUAAAAGUAGACUUUAGAGUAAGUCAACGCAAUUUAGCACCAUCUCUCCCAAUUGAAAUUUUGAAUCAUGCAACAUAUGUGUAUACCCCUGUAGUGUUGAGAAUGUUUGAGGUUGAGUUUUCAAAGGCUUAUAACUGUGCUAUGGAAUUUUGUACUGAGCUAGGAGCAGUGGCAGAGUAUAAGCUUACUCCUAAUGGUAAGUAUUUUCACCACACAGUUAAAUAUGACUCUUCAAUUGAUGGAGCGAUAUGUAGUUGCAAGAAGUUUGAGUUUGCAGGAAUAUUGUGCUCACAUAUUCUUAAAGUAUUUUCCUUUCGUAAUGUUUUGAAAAUACCUUCUCAAUACAUUUUAAAGAGGUGGACAAAGCAUGCAAAGAUGGGAGCUACAGGUACAUUUGAGAUUAAACAGGGAGAUGAUCUUAAAGCAUGUUUGGCAAUGCGUUAUCAAGAUUUGUCCAGAUCUUACACUCAUAUUGUAACAAGAGCAUCAGAAACUGAAAAAGCCUAUAAAGUUGCUAGAAAUGGCUUUAAAAGACUUUGGGAUGAUGUUGAUGCAUGUUUGAGAGAAGAAAGAAUUGAAAGUAAAGAGGAGAGUCAUACUACCUUUGGAAUUGAUACAACAGUAAAAGGCAUAAAAACAAAAAAUAAGAGAAUUUGUGGUAGCUCUUCAUGUCCAAAGAAUUCUCUUGAGAAGAUGUGUAAGAAAACCAAAGUAUCACCAAACUUUAACAACAACGAUCAAGUCAAUAACUAUAUGCCACAUUCUCAACCAGAUUUGUCAUUCUCCACAACUUCAUUUAAUCUUAACCAUAUUGGUAUGACACCUAAAAAUUCAAGUAUAGGAACAAGCAUGGCUGAAUUGCUCUUACAGACUGAGUCUACAUCUUUUGGAUUUGAAGGUAGCCAAUUUUUCAAGAAUAUAUAA